ACGUAUAUAAACCCCACCCACAAUUGAAAAUCUCAAAUACACCUAGUCAGUUACUGUACUACGACCCUCACCCUAUAACCCUACACCAUCGCUCUCAAUCUUCUUUCUCUCCAGAAUUCUCCAUUCCCUAAGAUACCCACUUCUUUCUCUCUCUAACUAAUCUUGCUACAGGAACCAUCCUAUCAGUUCUGUAAUACCCAAAAUCCCAGCUGAAAGAUCUUGAGGAAUCAUGGCGGUUCUUGUGCUCCUUUCACUACUUUUCAUGGCCUUGGUUGGUCAUUCAAGUGCUGCUUACUGUGUGUGCAAAGAUGGGGUGAGUGAUACUCAGCUUCAGAGGAACAUAGAUUUUGCUUGUGGAAAUGGAGCUGAUUGUUCUGCUAUCCUUCAAAAUGGUGUUUGUUUUAACCCCAACACUGUGAAAGAUCACUGCAGCUAUGCUGUCAAUAGCUAUUAUCAGAAGAAGGUUUCAUCUGGAGCAAGCUGUGAAUUUUCUGGCACUGCAACUCUCACUGCUAAUCUACCUUCUCAACCUUCUGGAUCUUGUGUUUAUCCCUCAAGCGCUGGGUCUGCCGGUGGAAGCACAUCGCCAACCACCAACCCAUUAACCCCACCGACAACCCCAUCUACCGGGACUGGGAUUGGUACUGGCACGGGCACUGGAACAGGCACCGGAACUGGAACUGGAACGGGGACAGGCAUUGGCACCGGGACAACUCCGACUUUCGGGCUUCCUCCCACAGCCGGGACUGGAAUCCCGGAUGGCAGUGCAGCUGUGUUUCCUAGUAAAAGCGCAAUCUUGGUCGGGCUGGCAGUUGUAUUUCUAAGCCUGGUUCGUCCUCUAAGAGUCUGAGAAAAAUGUGGCACGUUGGGUUUGAUUCUUGCUGGGAAAAAGUGAGGGGUGGGGGGGAUUCAUCUGGACUUUAAGUCCCACUUGUGCUUCUCUUUACUUUGUUGAUCUUGGGUGGAUAAGUUGGAAUUGGAUUCCCAUUUUGAGCGCAUAUUUGGCUGUUUCUGGGGGUAGUAGUAGUAGACUAGUAUUAGAUGAUCAUGUUUUACUUCUUCUGUGUUGUAUAUCUAGAGAUCAAGUAGAAGGAAGGCUGUAUUUUUUUAUUUAAUUCCCACCUAUAACCAUGAAACUCCCCUUCCCCUUUUCGUGUUUCUUA